CACAGUUUGCGGCACUCCUAACUACAUUGCUCCCGAGGUGCUUCAGAAGACGGGACAUAGCUACGAGGCAGAUGUAUGGGCCAUAGGUUGUGUGCUGUAUGCCCUUCUAGUAGGCCGUCCACCAUUUGAAACAGCAACAUUGAAGGAGACAUAUAUGAGAAUCACAUCAAACAAAUACAAUGUUCCUGCCCACAUAUCAAAUGAGGCGAGAAACUUAAUUAGGAAGUGCCUCAAUCCGCACCCCGACCAGCGCCCCACUCUGGACCAGAUUAUGCAGGACGAGUUCCUCGUCUACGGCUAUAUUCCCAAAGUCUUGUCUGGGGCUUGCUGCACCUGUGCGCCAAAGUUCCCAGUUAUUGAAACAUUAUCAAGUAGUCGUCCCAAGUCCUAUGCCGUACCUGUCUCCAACCACGAAGCCGUGCAAAAAAUAACAUCUUCCCUCGCUCAACUGAAGAAUCAUUCCUCAAAACUUUUGUCACCUGGGCUGUCCAGGAAGUCUCCCAAGCCACUUGCCCAGGGAACGGUACGCGAUAAGGACAAUGAGAGGUUGACACUCAGUCCUGUCACCGCGCAGACACUGGCGCCACCUGUGAUAGCUGGGGGCUUUCACCCUGUCAUAUGUCCAGAUAGAUCCCAGUCUCCCAAGCCAGGCUCUGCAGCCAACCUCCUCUCCCAUCUGGAGACCUGCCUCAGAGCAUCAAAAACAGUGUCUUCCCUGGCCCCAGGGUCCACCAAUGCCAAUAUCCUCUGGGUUACCAAGUGGGUGGACUACUCCAAUAAGUACGGCUUUGGCUUCCAAUUGUCCAACAAGAUGGUGGGGGUGCUUUUCAAUGACAUGUCCAGAAUGGCGUUGUCUUCUGAUGGAAGGGAAAUCAACUAUUUUGAUGUCACAGACAAAAUGUCAACAUUUGCGACAGAAAACAUUCCACCCUCCUUGCAGAAAAGAGUCCAGUUAUUGUUGUAUUUUGGUGCUUAUAUGGACGAGCAUCUGAUCCGUGGUGGAGAUAUUCAAGGUCCUCGUCAUGCAGGAUGUGAGCCUGUUUACAUGAAGAAAUGGUUCCGAACUUCCAAAGCCAUCGUCAUGUAUCUUAGCAAUAGAACAUUACAGAUCAACUUCUUUGAUGACCACACGAAGAUCAUCCUGUGUUACCAGCCAGAGAUAGUGGACACCACCUACCUGGUCACUUACAUCAACCAGGACCGCGUGGCCACCACGUACUUCUUGUCCCAGUUGACCAGCUACGGCUGUCCCGCUGUCGUCCACGACAGACUGCUCUACGCCAAGAACAUGCUGCAGAACAUGAUUGACAUUGAUGGCGAUGAUAUUUAAUCAUGGUGAAAAAUAAUGUUCUUGUGUGGGAACCAUUCCCCGUUUUUUUUUUUCACAACUGAUCUCAAUGCAGUACAAUUGAAUUGCAACAUCACGAUGAUAUAUAACUGAUGAAAGCUGUAGUUUGAGAUGUCAUGAUGUUAUUUUGGAGAACUGGUGAUUCGAUUUUUUCUUUUUGACAAUGCAAUGUCCUGGGUUUGACCAAUCAGGAAGAAAACAUUCUGGUGCUUUGGAGAUAUACAAGUAGAUGCCUUACAUCUUCAAUGCAAUGUUUAUAAUCAUUGCCCUAUACCUGGAUUUGAAGACAUUGUUCUUUGUGUUUCUUUCAUAUAUUAGACAAGUGACUCCAGAACACUUUACAAUUGAGUAAAGGAGGAUUUAUACUUAAGACAUGGAUCGCAUCAAAGAAUAAUAUGACUUUUUCAUCUUAACUGUUUUCAUGUGAAAACACUUCAAAAGAAAAAAAAACGACUUCCCUGAUACUUCUGCCUUCACUUUAUAAGAAGAAUUAUGAAUGUGUUCUUCACAUGCUUAUACAAGAGAAAAGUUCUACCAUUUUUUACCAAAUAGAAAAGCAUGAUUUUUACACUUACAGCUCUUGAGUGCAAAACAGUAACAGGUACAAUGUUCAACUGUCAGUUACUGCAAGGCAAUACAAUGGCAGCAAUUGAGGCUUCCUAAUUUGUCUAUUCACUGUGGUAUCAAAACCAAAAGGGUGGAACCAAUAUCCAAAAUGUCUUCCAUGUACUUAUAUCAGGGAUUGUGAGCAAUAUGUUUGUAAGGCAAACUUUAGACAGAUCUCUUGUGAUUUAAGAUUCAGUUUAUAGGAAAGUGCCAUUGGAAUUCCAAAAUAAUGGUGUGUAUAUAAUUAUCUAUAUAUAAGGGUACUCUUCCAACUGUUUAAUUUUUUUUUUCAGUGAUCUCAUUAUUUAUCUCAUUAACAUUGUUAUAGAUGUUAAGCCAAGUUUUAAUCAGCUAAGGGUAACUUGAACUUAUGAAAAAUUUUCCUUGUAAAACCCAAGUUUGUUUCAUUUUGUGGGUAAUUUUGAAAAUUCCGUUUUUGUAAGGCUUGUGAUUUUGGUGCUGUUUCCCAUUUGGAGGUAAAAAUUAUAUUAUCAAGCAAUGCAUACAUGGGAGAGAAUGUACAUUCCACAGUAUGCUCAGAAUCAAAAUGAGUAUUGUAAAUACAUACCAGUUAAAGUGUUAUAGGUUGAUUUUGUUUCAAGUGCAAUGCUUUUUUUUCUUUGUACAUAAGUUUUCAGUUGUCAUAUCUUAUGUUAAGGCAAUUUUGUUUGUGAACAGCCUAAUGGUGUUGAAGACAAGGUGAAAAUUGAGUGUUGUGGACUGCAAUGUUUUCAUUGAAUGAGGUUGCACAUCCCAUCUUGAUGGUGAGAACUUGGUUUUCUUUCAGAAGUUGUGAAAGA